UUGAAGAAAACGAGAAGAUGCUUCAUCAAGGAAGUGGAAGUGCUCCUCCCACACAAGGAGUCGACGCUCCCGCUGAUGAAGAUGAAGAUGUGGAGGAGGGAUUAAUGGACAGCCGAAUGUACAUGCAGGCGACCCAAGGACAUGUUGGUGACUUUAUUCGAAUUUUACAGUCGAUAUCCUCCGAAAAGGAACUUCAAUCAAUAAUCCUCUGCCAAGUUAGUCACCGGAACAAUACAUGCCUCCACAUAGCAGUAAGCUUUGGACACCAUGAGCUUGCCAAGCACAUCGUGGGACUGUGUCCAGACCUUAUCAAAAAGACAAACUCCAAAGGCGACACUGCACUUCAUAUUGCUGCUAGAAAAAAAGAUUUAUCUUUCGUUAAGUUUGCCAUGGAUUCAUGUCCUUCUGGAAGUGGCGCAUCCCGAGAUGUAGAGCAGGCUGAGCAUUCAUUGCUGAGAAUUGUUAACAAAGAAGGAAAUACAGUGUUGCACGAGGCACUGAUAAACCGUUGCAAACAAGAAGAGGUGGUGGAGAUCCUUAUUAAGGCAGAUCCCCAAGUGGCUUAUUAUCCGAAUAAGGAGGGAAAGUCGCCAUUGUAUCUAGCUGCAGAAGCACACUACUUCCAUGUCGUCGAGGCUAUAGUAAAAUCUAAAGUUGAGGAGCACAUGAACAUUAACAGAGACCGCGAAGCCAAGCCGGCAGUCCAUGGUGCCAUUCUGGGAAAGAAUAAAGAGAUGUUGGAAAAAAUACUAGCCCUGAAGAUCGUCCACCAAAGAGAUGAACAUGGAAGGACUCCACUUCAUUAUGCGGCAUCGAUUGGAUAUCUUGAAGGAGUUCAAACGCUGUUAGCUAGAGACCAAUCUAACUUUGAUCGAUAUCAUAGGGACGACGAAGGCUUCUUACCCAUCCAUGUUGCAUCAAUGAGAGGCUAUGUAGACAUCGUCAAAGAGUUGCUCCAGGUCUCCUCCGACUCAAUAGAAUUGCUUAGCAAACACGGUGAGAACAUUCUUCAUGUGGCAGCCAAGUAUGGUAAAGAUAAUGUAGUAGAUUUUGUGCUGAAAAAAAAAGGGGUUGAGAACCUUAUAAAUGAGAAGGACAAAGGUGGAAACACGCCACUGCAUUUGGCUACCAGGCAUGCACAUCCUAAGGUCGUAAACUAUUUAACAUGGGAUAAAAGAGUUGAUGUGAAUCUUGCGAAUAAUGAAGGCCAGACUGCUUUCGACAUUGCUGUAUCAGUGGAGCAUCCAACUUCAUUUCACCAGAGACUAGUUUGGACAGCACUCAGGUCUGCUGGUGCACGACCAGCCGGAAAUUCAAAUGUCCCACCAAAACCGUCUAAAUCGCCUAAUACGGACGAGUACAAGGACAGGGUAAACACUCUUUUGUUGGUUUCGAUCCUUGUUGCCACCGUGACAUUUGCUGCUGGUUUUACCAUUCCGGGAGGCUACAACAGCUCUGAUCCAGGUGCCGGCUUGGCUAUCUUUCUGAUGAGAAAUAUGUUCCAUAUGUUCGUCAUCUGCAAUACCAUUGCUAUGUAUACCUCCAUCCUUGCGGCAAUCAUCUUCAUCUGGGCACAGUUAGGUGAUCUCAAUUUGAUGGAUCCUGCCUUCAGAUUUGCAUUGCCAUUAUUGGGGUUGGCCCUUUAUGCAGUGUCCUUCGGCUUCAUGACAGGUGUUUCCUUGGUGAUCAGUAAUCUUCAUUGGCUUGCAACUGUUGUCUUCAUUAUUGGAAUCAUCUGCCUUGUCAGUCUCUCAGUACCCUUUCUUUUACUCUUCCUCCCAAGUAAGUCUACUAAUCGUAUCCUUAGGUACAUCUCCUAUUAUCCGUUCCUUAUACUGAUAUGGGCAUCUGAAAGCCCCAAAAUCAAACAGGAAGAUUAGCUUGCCCUGUUGAUGAUGUAUGCUAGCUCCGUCUUCACCUAUGUUUGUUGCUUCUUUCAA